ACAAUUGUUACAUAAGAGGCUGCAGGGAGCUGGCGCUUAAGUCGUCCAGUUGUAGCAGUCACGUGUUCUCACCAUGUCAGGUCGUGGUAAAGGCGGAAAGGGCCUCGGAAAAGGGGGCGCCAAGCGCCACCGCAAAGUCCUCCGCGACAACAUCCAGGGCAUCACCAAGCCCGCCAUCCGGCGUCUGGCCCGCCGCGGCGGCGUUAAGCGAAUUUCUGGUCUCAUCUACGAGGAGACCCGCGGGGUGCUCAAGGUUUUCCUGGAGAACGUGAUUCGAGACGCGGUCACCUACACCGAGCACGCCAAGCGCAAGACGGUCACCGCCAUGGACGUGGUCUACGCGCUCAAGCGCCAGGGGCGCACUCUCUAUGGCUUCGGAGGCUAAGCUUAAGUUGGCAAGCUGUUUCCAACAGCAACGCUAAAGGCCCUUUUCAGGGCCACCUACAUUUUCUACGGAAGAGCUGACACUUGCUCUUGGGUGCUGCUCGGCGGGUGGCUUGGUGGCACAAAAUAAUUGCUCAUAUGUAGUUGGGUCAAGUCACUAAAACGUUACAGUCCUACAGGUGUUUGUUUAAGCUGUUUACCAAUGUAGCAUCUAACACUUUCAAGACGAACAGAAGCAUACUGGUUAAGCAUUGCCACGCAGCUGGUCCUAAGGAUACCAAAAUGAAAACAUGGUCCAAACCUUCGAGGCAUUCAGAGAGGAAAGCAAGUAUUAAUCAUCAUCAUCACCAGCAACUCUUUGUGAAAUGUCAGGAAAUCCUAGGUGCUGAUUUUUGCCUGGGAAAAAUUUUGCUGAUUUCCGAGGCAAAAUCAGGUAAAGUUCUCCUGAUGGAGACUCUUAAAGGAGUGGAGGGGAUCAGGAAAUCCCACCUCAAAAUAUGCCGCUUUAUAUAAGCACUUAUAUAAAGCAUGAGAAUUCUUUCGUGCUGAAGACAUCUCAGUUCCUGAAGUCUUAUUUGCCUAAAGUUAGAGCCUCUCAAAAGAGCUCAAUUGUCAUAAAUCCCCUCCUCAGGAGCAACCCUCGUCUCUUUUUGGAAAUGAGAAGUUGGCACCACACCCACACAUUGUCACAAACUAUCAUCUUUCCCAUCUAUUCUCUUAAAGGCCCAUUUGUCUUUCCAAAAAAUUACUGGCUUUUCCUUCAGUUUCCCCUACUAAGUUAGGUAUAUAGACCCCCAAUUCUAACCACUCCUUUACUCAUCCCUGAGUGUUCCCAUGUGUACGUCUGAUGCACAUGCUAAACUACUGUUUGGUUUACUCUUGUCUUCUGUUAAUCUAAUUUACAGGGACCAGCCAGAGAACCUAAGAUGAGUAGAGGAAACCCAUUUUUUCUUUCCUCCCUUACUGGAGAAAAUCUCCAAAAGAAUUGAAGGUUAUUUGUGGACUAAGAAAGAGUGUAUGUAAAAGAUAUUGUUCACAAGAAGAAAGUUCCAAGUAUGACAAGCUGUUCAGUACGUUCAGCUGUAGAAAUUGGUGGUGACUGGGGAGAGGGGCUUUGAGACGAAGAUGUCCAGGUGAGCAGAAGUCAGAUAAAGCACAGGAAAUGGAGUUUUAUUCUCCAGAUGUUAGGAGAACCAGUGAAGGUUUUUUAUUUUGUUUAUUUUUGCCUGGAUGGGAUGAUCUCUGAUUGCAGUGGGAUGGAGUGAUUGUAGGCUGGGAAGAAUGGAGGUAGAGACUUAUCCGGAAUCUAUGGUCACUAUAGGGCACUGAUAAGAGGCAAAACUUUCCUCUACCCUUUUAGGGUCUCCAGCUGGGCCUAAGAAUUAAGCUGACAUAAAACAGAUUAAUAGGAGAAAAACAUACAAAUUUUAUUUAAUAUUUUUAUACAUACAUAGGAGUCUUCAUAGCAAAAUUAAGACCAAAAAAGUGGUUAGGCCUAAGUGCUUAUAUACUAGGUUGAACAGAAUAGUAAUUGUGAAAUAGCAACUCAAAUAUAUGGAGAGACUAAAGGAAGGUAAGAGUUUUCUUUUUUUAAAAGCAAUUUUUAAAGAUUGGCACCUGAACUAACAUCUG